AUGACCGAUGUUUGUAAAUUUCUCGAACAAAGUGAAUAUGGACCAGCUUUCUUCCGAAAUAUUAUGAAUUUUCUCGUUAAUGCAACAAAAAAUACUGAACGUAUUUCUACUGCAAUUCCUCAAGGUGAAAGGAAAUAUUUUCAUAGUGAUGUGAUUAAUAAUGUUGUUAAUGAAGUUGUUCCUCGUAUUCGUUCUUCAUUUAUUAAUUUAACUCGAAGAUGUUUAACUUUUGGUGGUAAACAUCGUGCAAGAAUUGCAAAAUAUCUUUGUAAAAUAUUGCGAGAUAAAAAUGAGAAUUCUUCAAAUAGUUUUUUCCAACCAAAACCUUUAAAUGAUUUUAUUUUACAAAUGCUUCAUCGUUUAAUUUUGGAUGAUGAAAUUAUUAAGGUGCAUUUCACUGAUGUUGUAGAACAAUUGCCUGACGGGGUUGUUUUGCACAACACAAUUUUACCAAUUUAUGAAAGUCAUAAACGAAUGGUGCAUCCAAUUUUUGGUUGUCUCUCUGAUGAUUGUGUUCUCAAUUUUGGUCUUUAUACAAAAUGUUCUGAGCUAAUUCCUUCUUCGCUUCAAUCGGGUGCUGAUACUAUUGAAGAAUCCUCAACAUAUGCAUCGAAAGUUUCAUCAAAGACGGCUGCUUCCACUGAAAAACCUCCGUUAAAGAAUACAAAAUAUUCGGCAGCAGAUCACUGGUUAAAAUAUCAUGGAUUUGUACCGCCACCUUCAUACUCUUCGGCGGCUCCAAUUUCUAUUGAUGGAUUGCAACAACAACAGUCUAUCUUUCAACAACAAUCAAUGCAACCUCAAGAACCACCGCCUGAUUGGGAUUGGGAUAUGGAGGAUGACUGGUCUGAUGAAUUCAAUUCUACCGCACCAUGGACUCCUCCAGGACCUCAUUCUUCGUCAAUUACCGGCCAUUGCGCAAUGCCAAAAUUUGCUUCUAAAUUGCCAGCUGCUUCUUCAACUCAAAACGAUGCUUCUGAUCAACGAAAAAUUCAAUUAAUUGAUGCAAACACACAACUUCCUUUUGAUGAAGGAAUUACAUUGGGAGAGUUGUUUGAACAACGUAAAAAUAAUAAUAGUGGAGAUUCUGAAAAUGGCGGCGAACAUAUGAUGUUAUGUUUGAGUAUGAGAUAUGUGCCAGAAUCAACGCCUGCAGCGAAGCGAAGAGCUUCACAAAAAGCCUCUAAAAAUGCUAAGAAAUCGAAAACUGAAGAAAAAUCUUCAAUUUCUGUUUCCACUCUGGAACAUUUUGCACGUGAAGGAGGUCUGAUUGAAUUAUCUAAACAUAUUUAUCUUUAUCGACGAUGUCUGACUCGUUUGCAUAGCUGUCAAGAAAGAUUGUCUUCUGACUUGAUUGAGCGUCAACAGCGUGUUUGCUCUAAUAAUAAUAACGUUAUUGUUUCUGCUGCUCAUCAGUUUCCACCACAGUCAUCAGCUUCCACCGCAUCAGCUGUCACCGCUCAGGGUCCUCCACAAAUUUUGCAAGCUUUAUCUGCUCCUCCAGGCUUUACUCCGACUACUUUUAUUCCUUUCGAAUUUGUUGACUUUAUGAACCAGGUAUAUUUACAUAUAUUAAUUAGGGUUGUUAGGUCUGACCAAUGAGUGUGAGCAUUAUUGACUUUAAAGCCCUUUACGAACUGACUGAAAAGUCUCUGAUAUGUAGAUUGAAUUUUUUUUUUAUCUGCUUUUUGGCACCUCUGUGGAUCUUGGCAGCUCCUUACCUCUAUCGAAGUCCUGGGCGGCGUCACCGUCCUUUCUCCCUUUUUAACCCAUUGGCCCGAUAGGUCCCGCCAGCC